AUGCCUGUAUUUAUAGUGGACGGCGAGCGUCACCGAAUACCCUUCAUGUCAUGCUUCAGAGGUUCCAGGUCCAUUGGCGAGAAAUGGUUCACCUAUAAUGCUGAAAUUCGUGUUAAGACACCACCGAAGGCUUCUAUAAGCGACAUAUGGUCCGCUCAAGAUGAUACAACCCUCCAGAAUCUCAGACACUGCAGCAUUCCAUGGAAGUAUAUAUCUGCUGCGAUGAACAAUAGGCCUGUUGAAGACCUCAAAAAGCGUUGGGCUAGCCUUCACGGGGACAGAUUGACGAAAUCCGUUGAUAAGCCGGUAAAGGACACGAUCAACGACCGUUUAUCGUGUAAGACAUUGGAAGGUGGAAGUGUCGAGCGCCAUGUGUGCUUCUCAGAUCCAUUGGUCACUGAAGGCGAUACCGAGGAUGAUAAUAUCGCCUCUAAACCUUCGAAAGUCAAGCAUGUGUUCUAUACCGAUGAAAACUUCGAUUUGGAGGACGUGCUGCUUUUACACACAAUCGCUGCAAAAUGGGAAAGGGAUAAAUGGCUGAACGUUAGUACCCGCUUUAAUGAUAGGACCGGGCGCAAUAUCACCCCAGAAGACGCCAAAUCGAUGAUUGAUCUCGAAGGAGUCUGA